AUGUCGGUCUUCUUCUUCCGGCUGCACAACCUGCGCCGCCAGGCGGAGGAGGCUCGCAAGAAGAGGGGCAGGAGGGGCACCGGACAGGGCCCAGGGGGGCAGCGAGGGACCAAUUGCGCCGGGGACCAAUCGCAGCCCACAGCUGGAUCCAUGAGAACCACUUGCCACAAAGUGCACAGGGGGCCCAGCAAGCUCUUCGAGCGGACCCCGCUUCAGCCUAGCGAUUCUCUCGAUGAGAUUGCCUUUCGCAUACCGAGAGUCCGCGUCGAGUACUACGUCAACGAGAACACGUUCAAGGAGCGACUGCAGCUCUACUUCAUCAAGAACCAGCGCUCGAGUUUAAGGAUACGACUCGCCAACCUCUUCUUCAAGCUGCUGACAUGCUUUCUGUACAUAUUCAGAGUGGUCACGGACAGCGACCCCACGUUCGCGGCAUGCUACGGUUGCACGCCAGGGAACAAAACGGAGUUCCUGGCAUCGCAGAAUCUUACAGAGGAGGAGUUCCAGGAGCACCCGACCAUCAAUUGGGACGCCAUCCUGUGGGUGAGGAGACCCCUGGAGCUAUGGGUGGUCCAGGUGAUCCUGGCUAUGGUGUCCCUGACGGAAGCCCUGCUCCUGGCGUACCUUGGAUACAAGGGCAACGUCUGGCAGCAGCUUCUGUCCUUCCACUUCAUCCUCGAGCUGGUCAACACGAUCCCCUUCACGAUCACGCUGCUCUACCCACCCAUGAGGAACCUCUUCAUCCCGGUCUUCUUGAACUGCUGGCUGGCGAAGCACUCCCUGGAGAACAUGUUCAACGACUUGCACAGGGCGAUGCAAAGAUCGCAGUCGGCCCUGAGCCAACAGCUGAUGAUCCUCAGCGCGACGUUACUGUGCCUUGUCUUCACCAGCGUCUGCGGGAUCCAGCACUUCCAGCGAGCCGGGCACAGACACCUCAACCUCUUCCAGAGCACCUACUACGUCGUGGUGACCUUCUCGACGGUGGGCUACGGUGACUUCGUACCCGACAUUUGGCCAUCCCAGUUGUACAUGGUCAUCAUGAUCUGCGUGGCGCUCAUAGUGCUGCCGACCCAGUUCGAGCAGCUGGCUUUUACGUGGAUGGAGCGCCAAAAACUAGGAGGGUCCUACUCGUCUCAUAGAGCCCAGAGCGAGAAGCACGUCGUGGUCUGCAGCACGACUCUUCAGGCAGACACCAUAAUGGACUUCUUGAACGAGUUCUACGCCCAUCCCCUGUUGCAAGAUUAUUACGUCGUCCUAUUGUCGCCGAUGGAGUUGGACACGACCAUGAGGAUGAUCCUGCAGGUGCCGAUCUGGGCCCAGCGGGUGAUUUACAUCCAGGGGUCCUGCCUGAAGGACGGCGACCUGGCCAGGGCCAGGAUGAACGAGGCCGAGGCCUGCUUCGUCCUGGCGGCUCGAAAUUAUGCCGACAAAACUGCCGCUGACGAGCACACCAUCUUGAGGUCCUGGGCGGUAAAGGACUUCGCCCCCAGCGUUCCCCAGUACGUGCAGAUCUUCCGCCCAGAAAAUAAGCUCCACGUGAAAUUCGCCGAGCACGUCGUCUGCGAGGACGAGUUCAAGUACGCCCUGCUGGCGAACAACUGCACCUGUCCAGGUGCAUCGACCCUGGUGACCCUGUUGUUGCACACCUCCAGGGGACAGGAGGGUCAGCAGUCUCAGGAAGAGUGGCACCGGCUCUACGGCAAGUGUUCCGGGAACGAGAUCUACCACAUCAUCCUGGGCGACUCCAGGUUCUUCGGGGAGUACGAGGGCAAGUCCUUCACCUACGCGUCCUUCCAUAGCCACCGGAAGUACGGGGUGGCUUUGGUAGCAGUCCGGCCAGCGGAGUUACCGGAGUUCUACGAGGACACCAUCCUGCUGAACCCUGGUCCUCGCCACGUGAUGAAGAAGACCGACACCUGCUACUACAUGAGCAUCACCAAGGAGGAGAACUCGGCGUUUGUGGUGGCCAAUCAGCAGGGCUCGGCCGCAGAGCCGACCCAGGUGUUGGUGGAGACGAAGAGCGACUCCGGGGGUGCUGGGACCACCGGGACCAGCGGGCCCCCGGGGCCUCCUGGGACCACCACCACCACCACCACCACCUUGACCACGAUCGGUACCUCGGGUGGCAAUGGUACAGCGGUCGGCUACGGUGCGGAGGCGCACCGCCGGUUUUGCGACAGCCUUGCGACUAACACCAUGCCCGAAACACCACCUAGGCCCGAAACCUGCACGGGGACCUUGGUGCAGGGUCGCGCCCCCCAAGGGCCGGGCCCUGGGGCCCCGACGCCGCCCCAGGUCAUCCUGCAGGUCCCCCCUUACACGCCCACACUCCAACACCACCACAACCUACUCGCGUCCGAUGUCCACCCGACCUACCUCGAUCCCGGAGGACUGGGGGACUCCAGACAGUGCCUGAAGGAUGGCGCAGGGUCCACUCCUCAGACCCCGGUCACUGGGAACCACCUGGACGUCCCACGGUCCAUGGAGCCCAACCCUAAUCUCCUCAGUCCGGAGAUCAUCAUGCAGAGGAGAGGUAGCAGACGUCCCAGCAUCCUGCCGGUUCCGGACAUGCUGACGAGCUCGACCCUCCACCUACCCGGCCAGGAGUCGCUGGACCAUGACGGCGACGAGUCCGAGGACGAGAUGGACGACGACGUGCCUUGGAGGUCGCCCAGUGAGAAGAUCGCGAUCGUGAAGGGGUUCCCACCGGUGUCGCCGUUCAUCGGAGUGUCGCCCACCCUGUGUUACCUGUUGAAGGAGAAGAAGCCCCUGUGCUGUCUCCAGCUGGCCCAGGUCUGCGAGCACUGUAGCUACAGGAACGCCAAGGAGUACAACUGGCAGAACAAGACCAUCAUCCUGGCAGCAGAUUACGCCAGCAAUGGGAUCUACAACUUCAUCAUCCCCCUCAGAGCCCACUUCAGGUCGAAGACGUCCUUGAAUCCCAUAAUCCUGCUCCUGGAGAGGAGACCGGAAAUCGCGUUCCUGGAUGCCGUCUCCUAUUUCCCCUUGGUCUAUUGGAUGCUGGGGUCGAUCGACUGCCUCGACGACCUCCUUCGAGCUGGGAUCACCCUGGCUGAGAACGUGGUGGUCGUCAACAAGGAGCUCAGCAAUUCUGCCGAAGAGGACACCCUAGCGGAUUGCAACACCAUCGUGGCCGUGCAAACCAUGUUCAAAUUCUUUCCGAGCAUAAAGAGCAUUACGGAGUUGUCGCAGUCUAGCAACAUGAGGUUCAUGCAAUUUCGGGCGCACGACAAGUAUGCUCUGCAUCUCAGCAAAAUGGAAAAGAGAGAAAAGGAGAGGGGCUCGCACAUAUCCUAUAUGUUUCGCCUGCCAUUCGCGGCAGGCAGCGUCUUCAGCGCGUCCAUGUUGGACACGCUGCUCUAUCAAGCCUUCGUCAAGGACUACGUGAUAACGUUCGUCAGACUCCUUCUGGGAGUGGACCAGGCCCCGGGUUCGGGAUUCCUAACAUCGAUGCGGAUCAUGAAGGAGGACAUGUGGAUCAGGACGUACGGGAGGCUGUACCAGAAGCUGUGCUCGACGACCUGCGAGAUCCCCAUCGGGAUCUACAGGACGCAGGACACCACGGUGACCGACAAUACUCACGGUGACUCGGACGCGGAAAGCGACGGUGGCGUCGGUGUGACGUACAAGGUGCGUCGCUCUGCGGCGACGUCUUGCCUAGCUAAUUGCGCCGCCCGCGACAGGGGCGCCUCAGCCUACUCGGUGAGCCUGGGGGACGAGGCCCGGGACAACCACGCCCAGCAGAUCGAGCGCGCCGAGAUAGCGAACCUGGUGCGCUCCCGGAUGGAGUCCCUGAACCUGCCGAUAGCGGACUACGACGACGUCUCCGAGAAGAGGAGCUCCCUGUCGUACGUGAUAAUCAACCCGAGCUGCGACCUGAAAUUGGAGGAGGGGGACAUCGUGUACCUGGUGAGGCCGAGUCCGUUUUCCGCGCAGAAGACGUUCGAGAGGCACAACUCGCGGCGGAAGAGCAACAUCAGCUUCUGCUCGGCGCAGCUGGUGGCGCAGAUGAGCGCAGCUGUGGCGGCCGCAGGGAUCGGGGGCCCGGGGGCGGGGGCCCCAGGGGCACAGGGGCCCCAGGGGGCCCCGGGUGGCGCGUCGAGCCGGAGGGGCUCGGGCAUCGGCGCGGCCAGGGCCCCACCCCUGGGGACCGCCAAGUCGAACUCGCUCUCCCUGCCCGACAGUCCCACCGUGGCCGGCGCCCUCAGGGGUCGGUCCAACUCCCUUAGGGUGGUCGACGACAUCCUGCUGAGGCGCAGCAACUCGCUCCGCCAGGGCCUCCACAGUGCGGCGGCGCGCCGGAAGAGCAGCCUGGAGGACAUCGGCCUGGGGGCGCUGUCGCACCCGUCGAACCACAACCCCAUCAAGAUCGCCUUGAACGGGUCGAUUGGAUUGGAGGUGACGCCCCCUGAGGAGGGGACGAGUCCAGGGGCAGGGGGGGCCAGCAACACCGGGAUCCUGGACGUGGGCCUGCCGUCCAUGCCCGUGCUGGGCGCGGGCCUGGGGGGCUCCCUGGGGGGCCUGUACGACCCGCCCCCCGUGCAGAGCCCUCUCGGGCCUCAGCCAUCCUCCCAGUCCGGCACCCAGGAGCCCCAACACAUCCAGGGGACGAUCGUAUGA